AAUACUACCUGUAUGGCCCUGAGGGAUGUCACACGGGGUGCAGCUCUGUGCUGAUUGGCCCACAAGUUGAGAACCGCUGGGGCAGAGAGAUACAUUGAUUGGAAGAAUGUUCCAGGGGUACAGUAUGACGUGGAAAACAGUACAAAGCAGCGAGUAAGAGAGAAGAGCUAUCCACAAUAAGGUGACUGAGGCAUCUUAAAGUUCUGAUCCUGCACAGAACUACUCACAUUUUUAGCGUUACACACAGUUAGCCCCAGUUAGAUCAAUGGAAUUAUUCUCCUACAUAAAAUAAAGUACACACAUACUUCUUUACAGGGCUGGGCUUGAACCCUGACUUUUCAGCACAGAUGUCUACUACUUAACCUACAGGAGGAGAAGGCUGUUAUUCCAGAGGUGGAAAGGACUGCAGGGGCCUGAUGCUGGGCCUGGAGGAUGGCUGGGUACCCUGGCUUGUGAAGAGUGAAGGCCCCAAGCUGGUGCCCUUUUUUAAAGCCACUUGUGUCUAUUUCGUCCUCUGGCUGCCAACUUCCAGCCCUUCCUGGUUCAGUGCCCUCAUCAAGUGUCUGCCCAUCUUCUGCUUAUGGGUUUUUCUGCUGGCACAUGGAAUCAAUUUCUUAGUCGCACAUCGAAGCGCCAGUAGGAUCUUAGCAGGGUUAAUAUUCUCUGCAGUGGGGGAUGCCUUCCUCAUCUGGCAGGAGCAAGGCUACUUUGUUCAUGGUCUGCUGAUGUUUGCCAUCACACACAUCCUGUACUCCUCCGCAUUCGGGAUGAAGCCUUUGGACCUGAAAGCCGGCUUUGUGAUGACCCUUGUUUCCAGCUUCUGCUACACCUUCCUCUACUCCUACCUUUCAGGCCCCUUCACCUACCUGGUAGCUGUCUAUAUCGCUUUGAUUGGCUUCAUGGGGUGGCGCGCCAUUGCUGGCGUGCAGCUGUGCAAUGAUCUCUGGACUUGGACCAAGCUUUCGGCCUGUAUUGGCGCAGUGCUUUUCAUGGUGUCAGAUCUGACCAUUGCAGUUAACAAGUUCUGCUUCCCGGUGCCCUACUCACGUGCCAUCAUCAUGGCCACUUACUAUGCAGCCCAGAUGCUCAUUGCACUCUCAGCUGUGGAGAGCAGGGAUGAAGAGGACUUCAAAAGGAGGAAUUAGACGGGACACCAGCAGGCUCAUGAACUGCAUGGAUUAUAACUGGGGUGCUGUAGCAGCAUUAGUCGCUGAGGGAUAUCUCCAUCUCUCAAGGUGCAUUGAUGAUAGAGAUUUUGCUUCUUUGAAGCAUUAUCUUUGGGUUUUUUUAAUCUGACUCUCCUUGAAUGUAAUUUACUUCAGUGUGGAGACCACAUUGGAGAAUUUAGACUGCUCCUACAGUAGCUACUCAUUGACCUUUUCCUCUCGGACACUUCAGGAGUCCUCUCUAAAACCACAUUAUAUUUGUUAAUCCUGAAAGUGGUUCUGAAUGUUAUGGAAGGAGAAGGCUAAUUUAAAGAGACCAUGAAAAGAGGCUAGGCAGGUUAAGAGUCUUGCCUUUGACCCUGGACACACACAUGUCCAAAUCCCAGCUAAGGUGAUAGGGUGACCAGACAGCAAAUGUGAAAAAUCAGGACAGGCGGGGGUGGUGGUAAUAGGAGCCUAUAUAAGAAAGGCCCAAAAAUCUGGACUGUCCCUAUAAAAUUGGGACAGCUGGUCACCCUAGGUGACAAUGAGUCCAGGUGGUGACUAGACUAGAUCCCACUUGUGGGCAUUACAAAGCCACCACACAGGGUGCAGCAACUGACAGCCUCUGCUCAAAGAAAGCCCAGGAGUAGCAUAGCAGGAGGAUAGGUAGUGCAGGUCAGGGCUGAAGUACAUUGGUAAGAAUUGGGUGGUGGGAAACUUGCACUGUACCUGAUUCUAACCAGGACUCUUCUGAAUUCCAAAUUCAUGCAACUUCCUAUUUAAAUGCUAUUCAAAGUUUUUCUGCCCAAUAUGAAUGCUGCUGAGCAUUUAGUAUGUGAUACACUUUCAGCAGCAACUUCAGAAUGCAACAACAUUCUGAACUUUGAGAAAAUGGGAAAUGAAAGGCAUUCUUUAAGCAGGCAGGGUUACGAUGAAAGGAUACAUGCAUGUAAGUUAAUGAGCAGUUUUAGCAGGCAACUUUCAGCAUUUGCUAUGUUGGCCUAGGGUAGUCCUGUGGCCGUGGGCUAAGAUACAUGAUGGAACAAUGGAUCUGUCUUUCAACAUCAGACCGCACCCCAUUACCAGUAGCUUUGUUGACUGAAUUAAUAAGCCAGGCAAACCUCCUGCACCUCCUCUGUAGGUGCUGAGAGCUCUUGAAUCAGUGACAAUGCUUGUGUCAACUCCAAAACAAAGGCAAAGUAUUAAAACACAAUGGGAUAUGGCAUACUUUGAUCACUGUGAAGUUACUCCAGACCCAAGUUUAUGGAUGCAUCAUUAGUGGUAAUAGGCAAUUGUUUUAACUGUGAGCUUGGCAGCUUUUCAGGGAAGCCUAUUUAUUCAAUUAAGGCCAGUAGGCAUCUCUAUAUUUGUAUAUGUCUACACACUUGACCCUAUACAUAGGUGCACAGUAGUAUGGUAUUAGUAGCCACUCUAUGCAACCUGAGUUGGGGUAUUCUGUGCUUUGCCCCACGCCUUGGGAGAUGCAUUCCACUAAGAAAUCUAUUUCUUCUGGGCUCACAUUUGUCCAUAAUGUGGGAAUUGGGAGACUGGAAUUUGUCAUUUAAGCAUUUAUCGCUCAGUAUUUACAGCCGCUAAGUGAGAAUACUCUGCAUAUUUGCACAUAAUAUUUAAUAUGCCCCUUACUCAGGGUAUUUGUUAGCAUUGUCCCUUGCCUCUAAAGCCAGCUAUGUAGAACAAGUAUCUGUUUUUGACUAGUCAGUGGCAAAGCAGCAAGUUUGUGCCGCUUGACUUUGCAAAGCCCCCUUUGAGGCAAAGCUACCUGAAAAGAAUGAUUCUGUGCAUUCAAACCAGCUCACCCCAUUUCUCCUAACGUCCUGGAGCCUAUAAUAAAAUCAGAACCAUUAGAGAUGGGAAAACCAAUUUCCUACCAACCCAAACUAUUUGGCCAUCUUAUCCUCCUCUCUGCCAUAGCAAGAGUAUCUCUUCCAUUAGACUCUGUUAAGGAUUCUGGUGAGGUAUUUUUAAUUUCACAGUUAUAAUGUUACUUUCCAAUAGUUCCUUCCCUCCUGCAUGCUGGUUUUAAUUUAUUGGGGGUUGCUCACAAGUGCUGAGCUGUUGCUGCCCUGGAUUUUUCUUUGAUACAUGACAAAUGGAUGGAGAGGCAUUGCCUAUGGAUAUACACUGAUAGUGCAUCGAGGGGGCUUUCCUCCUCCUUUCCCAAAUCUGAUGGUGUCCCUUUAAUGUUUAUUUUGUGGCCCUUCCUCUCGUUGCUCAGACGGGUACUCACAUGAGUAGUCCCACUGAUUGUAAUGAGACCACACAGGUGAAUAACUGUUCCUAAAUGUGAGUGAGGAGUUCACAAGUGGGCUCUGUCACAGGGUGCUCUACUCACCACAGGAUGGCACCUCCUCCUGGUGGUUCUGAGGAUUAGCUCUGCCAGACCAACACUUCUUCCCAUGGUUGCAAUCUACCUCUCUGUCUGCAGCCCCUCUUUCACUCCAGGGAGCUGCUGCUUCCUCUUUGUGAUUCAUCUGUCCAACCAGGUCAUUAAGUGGCUUCUCUUUCCACCAUAGUCUUUCAAAGUCUCCUUCCACAGCCAGUCCUCACACCCACUGUCCUCACAACAUCACUUCACCAGUCUUCUUCUUCACUGCCCUUAGCGCUACCACUCUGCAGUGGUUGGUAGGGGAACCCAGACCCACCCUCUAUUCAGGACUCCAGACCAGGGCCAUAUAGUGAAUAGUUAAGGCCUAACUCUGUACCAACCUUACUGCUCUCACCCCUAGAUUCCUUCCUACUGUGAGUCAUCUUCUCCUCUACCUCAGGAAGUGGGAUAACAGAUUUUCUCCCUGCUACCUUCUUAUACCAGCUCCAGUCUCCUGGCUUUGUAGAAGCCCCACCUGUCCUCUCACAGGUGAUCUUCCUUCUAAUUAGCUUCCUCCAGUCUAAAUCUCCCGUUUGCAGCCUAAUUUGGUUGAUUAGGCUUGACUAGGCCUAAUUCAACCCUUGCAGAGUUAGUGUGGGGAGUACAUCUCAUCACAGGCCCUAUGCCCUGAGAGCUUUGUUUUUGCACCUGGCAUUUCUGAGAUUGAUCCUGCAGGUUUCUUGAAGGCCAGUUGCAAUGCUCUGACUGAGGACUUGUCUACAGGGCUGCAGCUGCACUGAUGGAGUGCACGGUUGUAGCACUUAGUGAAGACACUACCUAUGCUGACAGGAGAGUUCUCCCAUCAGCGUAGGUACUCCAACUCCCCGAGAGGCAGGCUUCUCUCAUCAAUGUAGUGCUGUCUAUACCAGCAGUUCAGCUGGUUUAACUGCAUUGCUCAAGGGUAUGGAUUUUCCACACCACCGCAUGACAUAGUUAUGCUGACAUAAGUCUGUAGUGUAGACCAAGCCUCAGUUUCUGCUGCAGCCCUGAUCACUUCACCCCCCUGGAAUCCAGUAAUAGACACUUUAGUUCACUUUAGUCCUAUAGCCUUUGUUCUUUGGGGGUUCUCCCAGCACUGUUCAAAGGCAGCUCCUGUUUUCCCUGUUAUUAAGAUAUUGAAAGUAAAUGGCAGGUUUUUCAGGACCAUAUAUGACACAAAGAGAUGCUGUCAGCUCCAAAUUUGUCCCCAAUGUAGAGUUAAUAAUGGUAUCCACAACUGGGUGUAAAUGGGCCAUUGCUUUCUGUGGAGCUUUGCCAAUUUACACCAGCUGUAGAUUUGUCCCACAUUUUGCAAAGCCCUUGGGGCUAAAACCUGCUAUCUAAGUAGCAAGACAAUAUUAGUAACUGAAUAAUCUGUGCAUGAAGUCCAUGAAUUGAAGGAAAACGGUCUUUAUCAGUGACUGGUUGCAAGGGUGAACAUACCACCUGUGCCAGGGAAAUACUAGAUGGGUGACCAUCUCCUAAGUGCAGCACCUCCACCUGACACCCUCUUCUCUAGUGUGUCUGUCUCAAAGGGAGAUGCUGGGAGAGAGACAGGCACUAGUAGAACAAACCAGGUUGCAGUGUUAGUGUUUAAUUAGAGAGCUACAUGGGUGAGCACCCCAGAGUCUUUCAACCAGCCCCCCGAUUUUAUAUUACACACAAACUCUUCGGAGCCAAUCACACUGAUGCGGUGGUAUUGUUUUGGACUCUUACCCGAGAAUGCUGCAGUUUAGGAAAAUAUAAUUCCACUUUGAUUUAACCUCCUAUAAAAUAUGUGAGCCUCCAUUCUCUGGUGCACCCAAGGAGUGCUUGGCACAGGCUGGAGAGGGGGCAAAGAUCUCUUGAAGAGACUGUUGCACCUUGCCAAAUCUGUAGCCCUCUGGCCAUAUGGUCAGGCUCUAGUGUAAGCUGAAGUGGCCUGAAAGCUAUUCUAAUCUAUGGUAGUUGCCAGUGGUCCUGUGCAGUAGUUCUGGCAGCUGAGGGCUGCCAUGAUAUAAGGGAACACUGAUUAUGCCUCCUGUGUGAGUGUUAGCAAGAGGACAGCUUCUGCACCUCUCCUUGGCUUGGUGAUGCUCCCACAAACCUUCCUUCUCCUUGGCUCGUGCAAAGAGCGCUCCUUCCUGUGUUACAGUUUAGCUCACAGAGUAGCACUGAAUCCACGGGAUGACUGGCAGAGUAAUGCACUAUUCUACCUGAGCACGGCUGGCAGGACCAGUGGGCAGUAUUAGCAGCAGUGCACGAUAGGCUCCUGGCACUGAGACCACCCCACACUUUCUUUACUGAGUAGUUUUCACACCCAUCAGUAGCACAAUAGUACUAUUUAGGCUUUUGACUUCCAUUGAGUUCAAUGAGGAUCUGGACCUUCCUUCCAAAGACUCUUCAUAUUUUAGAAAACGUAAGUACCAUUGCAAAAGGCUGGGUUAACAAUAGUGCCCCUCCAGAAGUGUCUGCUGCUUUAUAAACAUACACCAGAAAGUUUAACUGCAUUAUUGAGGGGGAAAGCAUUGUAAAUAGCACAAGCCCCUGUAAUCUCCUCCCUCUAAUGCUGUUGCAUAGUAUUGCCAGUAUUCAGUCACUCAAGGGAUUGCUUCUGCUACAGUCACCAGCUAUAGGAGGUGUCCAGCAUCUCCAUUCAUCAGUUUUGCUUAUCUCAUGAUCCCCAGCUUGGCCCCUGCAUUGCUGCUCUUUGUGGAUGAAGCCCUCUUCCUGCCAUAGAGCCAGCUAGAGAAAAUAUGCAUGUUCAGUGCUAUAACCAUCGGCUGGGGCCAGUGCGAGCAGGAUGAGAGUGAAUGGCUAAUUUAAGAUUUAUUUAACUCUCUCUUGGACUAUGUCACUUUGGCAUAUCUAUUCUUAUCUUCUUCAAGGAUUUUUUUCCCCCUCUUGUAAGAAAGACUGACACGCUAAGUAAAGAGGCUAAUGGCUACCUUCAUUUAAUGUUAUAACCUCCCCCUCUCUGAGUUAGUAGGGUGUCACUUUCUUCACCUCCAGAGAGUAUUAUUCUUCAGUUUCCUGAAGCAGUUUUAAUGAUUUUUCUGUAAUUUUUUUCAUUUCAGUUUAUUGUACUAUCUGCCAAUCUCAGGCCUUGAUCCUGAUGAUGAUUGCAAGGCGUUCAGUGGGCGUUAAUAGGUGAUCUGUCAUUUUGACAUGAGGGAGCUAAUGUAAUCUGAGCAUGGGCACUGUAAAAUGCACUGCGUUUGUUGUGGGCCUGUGCCGGAGAACUCCGAGAGAAUCAGUCGAGGGUUGCCCGGGGUGUCACAGGCUCAGGCUGUUAGAGAGAUUCACCCUGGUCUCUCACCUGUCUCCCUCUCCACAUCCCUUUAAUCCACAUUACUUGAACAAAACCCUUUUUCCUGAGAGAGCCUUUCUUGCUGGGAAGAGGCCAGCUGCUAUGAGCACAGAUUUGACACAGCCAGCUCUAAUUCUUCUGAUUAAGCCUGGGAAACAUUGACUAGUUGCUGGGGGAGGUGGGCGUCUGUGUUCGAUACUGUUUCCUGGGACAAAAAACAGUUCAACCCUGGUGAAAGCAAUCUGGGAUUUGAAAGGUGGUGGCAAAGUAGGAAUGGAGAGCACAUAAAUGUCCAUCUGAGUUUUUUCCACUUCCUUCCUUACUCUCCCAUUGUCUCUCUUUGCCUUUUACAUUUGAAGGUAUUGUUCUCCUUCCCUUCCCCCCACUCCAAACACAUACACAGACUUUCCCUUUAGAAGCAAAAUCUUUAAGGAUUUUGUACUCAAAAUUCUUGUGUGUAGUUAAUUGAGGUUAUAUAUACAAUACAAACCAUAUCUUCCACUACUGUACUAGCCAUUAAGUGCCAGCAGAUCCACUAACUCCUUAUUCAGGGAGACUAAGAAUGUGUUGAGUCUACUUGAUCUGCCUAGCCUUUACCAUAUAUGGACCCAACUCUGAAUGCCUUUGCUCACAAAAAGCUCCUCUUGAAGCCAAUUGGCCUGAUUUUCACCUCACACCAUUUUUAUACUCCUGUAACUCCAUUGGGCUGGGCUGGACCAUACCAAUACCACUGAAGUCAGUGGAGCUACACUGGUGUAAAACUGGAGUGUAGAGGAGACUUCAGCAGAGCCACUCUUGAUUUACACCAGCGUGAGAUCAGAAUUGGGUUAAGUGGGCCCUUAGUUAUUUAAUCGAUGGUUUAGAAGAAGGACUCGAAUCUUUCACUACCCGCCCCUUCUUUCUAACGUAGCUAUUGGCCUUGGAGGGGAAAGUGGUCAAAACAGAGCCAAUAUAAAGCUCAGUGGCAGAUGUCUCUUUCUCUAGUUUGGGUGCAUGGGAGUGCCGACUUGCCUAGUUUUGGCAGAGAGAGAGAGACGCUCUUUUAUCUGGAGAGGCAGCAGAGCUGAGUGGUCUGAGCCCAGGACAGGAUGUCUACAACUCCUAAAUUCUGAGCCUGGCUUUGACACCUAUUCCUUUUGGGGCCUUGGUUAAGUCAGCUGGUCUGAAAGGAUGUAAUUCUCAUUAAAGUCAAUAGAGGUAUGCCAGUUUACAGCAGUUGAGAACCUAACUCUCUGUGUCUGUUCCCCCGGCGCCCCCUCCCCCCAUCUGUAAAAUGCUUACCUACCUCACAGGGGUGGUGUGAGGAUUAGUGCAUGUUUGUAAAGUGCUUUGAAAGGUGUAAAGCACUAGAUAAGUGCUAAGUAUUAUUAUUAUACUAUAGUAUUCAACAUAAAAAUGCUUCUAGGAACCUGCAGAAAUUCACUUGAAAAAAGGUGACACGAAUAAAUGCCUUUUCAUGUUUCAGUUAGAUUUCGGCAUCAGAUGGAAAGCAAAUGCAAAAUAGUCAUUUGCAUUAUCUAUUAGGGGUGAGCCCAAGCUCUGGACCCAGACACACCCAGACUUCAAGGGAAGUGUAUUUUUAACAAGUCUGAACUCGGAUCCCAAAGUUGCAAAUGGUCUUUAGUCUUUCUAAAAGUCAGAAGCAAACCCCCAAGAUGUGAGCACUACAUCCCAGUUUUGCAACUCAGGCUCAUCUCUGAAUGAGCAAGAAUAAGCCUGAUCCAGCCAAAACAGAAUAUCCUAAUUCUAACUUGAUUAUUGCUGAAAAUGUUGAAGUUGAAAAUGCUGUGGUUCUGUUCACCUUUUCUCAUGCAGAAAGUCAACUAGAUUUUAAGGAAUGAGUUACAAAAGAGCAACCAAGAGUCCUGUGGCACCUUAAAGACAAACAGAUGUAUUGGAGCAUAAGCUUUCGUGGGUGAAUUGCGUCUGACUAAGUGGGCAUUCAUCCACAAAAGCUUAUGCUCCAAUACAUCUGUUAGUCUUUAAGGUGCCACAGGUCUCUUGGUUGCUUUUUACAGAUCCAGAUUAACACGGCUACCCCUCUGAUACUUGAGUUACAAAAGAGAGAUUUAAUUUUCUUUGAUCAUAAACUUUAUUGACUUUAAAGCCAGUGGAGAGCGAAUGCCCAUUUUGGAAUUAAUUCCUGUCUCACUGUAUGUAGGAUGUAUAAGAUUUUCCAGAUGAGAAUGUGUUUGUAUAAACAGCUACUGGACUUAGAACAAACCUAUGAACAGAAUUAUGGCUCCAAAAUAUGAUUGGAUCUCUCAAAUAGAAUAAAUUGGCAUAACUCUAUUGAUUUCAAAUCAGGCUCCCAAACUGUAAAUUAUUUUUUCCAGUAGCACCCACAAUGUGCUAGGUACUGUACAAACACAAAUGAAGGAUGAAGCGCUUAUAUUCUAAAAAUGUGUGUACACCUGUGAAAUGGACCAUAUUCUCAAGCAGUUAAACUUACAUUAUUAUGAACUCAAAGGCAAAUACAAUGCAAAUCUUUAUUGUUUUAAAUGUUUGAUAGAUAUUUGUUUUCUUAGUUUGGAGGAAGUUCCAUUGACGAUGUAUUUUUUUUCCUUUUAAUGUAAAAAUAUAAAAAUUAUGUUUCUAUACCUAUAGAUUAAAAAAAUUUAAAAAGUGGCCAGUUGGCUGAAAUGCCAAAAUUUUUAGUGGCUUGUAUUGUGUCGUGGUGACACCAAAUUGCUGUAGAAAUAAACUCAUUAAAAGAAAAGGUGGAUGAAGUACAGGGUUGAUGUACUGUGGCUAGUGAUAAUUUGCUACUUCAAAACCCUUGCAACUAACUCUUUGAAAGAGGGGUUUUAGGGCCUGCUUCUGCUCCAAUGAUACAUCAGUGGGAACAAGAUCAGGGCCUAGGUUAUAUUCCUACUGGCACUAAAAUAGAGAGACCAUCAGGAAAUUUAGCACCAAUAAGGAAAUCAUUAUCUUGGCAACCUAAUUAAAAAACCAAAACCAAAACCAAAACCCUCCCACACUGGUUACUUUGUUGAAUCAGGACAAUUUAGAAAUCCAGGGCCCAAACCUGCCAUCCUUACUCAGGGCCUAUGCAAAAAUAGGCCUAUUUUGUUUCCCAGAUAGGACUGUUCAUGGAGUACGGUGCUAUUUUCUGUUGGGAAGGUUGGCAGAAUCUUUCCCUCAGUGAAAAAAUCCCAUUGGGAUAAGUGGUAGUUUUGUCUGGGUAAGGACUUCAGGAUCAGGCUACAAGUCCUGACCUGUUAAACUCAAUGACUCCUAUAUGAACUGAACCUCCUGUGUUCUGGUGAAUUAAAGGCAAAACGUAUUUAAAGAUUUUAAUACGCAAAUCAAGUAGCUCCCCUCCUCCAUUCACAGUCUUAGCACUUAGCCAUGUUUUAAAGUUACUAGCACUUAACUAAUCUCUUUUGCCAUCAAUUUAAAGGUCACCACAUGCAGUAUGGACACUUGAUACUAUCUUUGAUGCAUUUUAAUGUAUUUUUUCCUCUAAUUUCUUGUAUGUGUACCAGUAAUUAAAAUAUUAAUUUACUUGA